UGUGCAAUACAACAGCCAGCGGCGGGUUGACAUCCGAAGUUGAGACUAGACUCAGCGCUCUUGCGUCUCUCUCUCUCCUCGUCCCGUCUCGGCAGGGCCAGCUUCCCUCCUCCCGACCUUCUUGACGCCAAACCAACGGCCCAUUUACGAUGCGCUGGCUGCAGGGCAUCGCGCUCUGGGCGCUACUUGCGCCCUUUUCACACGCCAAGGUGGAUGACCCGGCCGGGGACGCUGCGCAAUACCACAAAGAGUUUGUGUUGUUCCGCAGCGCCAACAUGGCAUCCCCGGACAAGCUCGCCAGCGGCAUCGGCUUCCAUUCUUUUCGGAUUCCGGCGGUCGUCAGGACCAGCACAGGUCGGUUGCUCGCAUUUGCGGAGGGGCGCAGGCACAAUAACCGCGACUUUGGCGACAUCAACCUGGUCUUUAAGCGCACGAAGACAGCCACCAACAAUGGCGACGCCCCGGGCGACUGGGAGCCCCUGCAAGAGGUGGUCGGCUCGGGUGCAGGAACGUGGGGCAACCCGACUCCCGUCGUGGACGGCAACACGAUCUACCUGUUCAUGUCCUGGAACGGAGCCGACUACAGCCAGAAGGGCGGCGACAAGCUCCCCGACGGCAGGGUCACCAAGAAGAUCGACAGCACGUGGGCGGGUCGCAGGCACCUGUAUUUGACCGUCAGCAAGGACGAUGGCAAGACCUGGUCCAAGCCCGAGGACCUCACCAAACAGCUGACACCGGACGGCCGUGCAUGGGAUGCGGUCGGCCCCGGCAACGGCAUCAAGCUCACAACCGGAGAACUCGUGGUGCCGGCGCAGUCCCGAAAUAUCAUCGGCCGCGGCACUCCGGGCAACCGCACCUGGUCGGUCCAGCUCCUCCCGGGCGGCGGAUCCGAGGGCACCAUCGCGCAGACGCCCGACGGCAAGCUCUACCGCAACGACCGGCCCGGCGGUAGCGGCGACUAUCGGCGCGUGGCGCGCGGGACCCUGACCAGCUUUGGCUCCUUCGCCGACGACACGGGCCUCCCGGACCCGCAGUGCGAGGGCUCGGUGCUGUUCUACAACCAGAAAGACGACGGGCCGUCGCGCGUGAUCUUCCUGAACUCGGCCAGCAAGGACAGCCGCCGCCACAUGCGCGUGCGCAUCAGCUACGACAGGGACGCCGCCAAGUGGACCUACGGCCGCGCGCUGAGCGACGCGCCCGUGUCCGGCGCCGGCUACGAGGGCGGCUACUCGAGCAUGUGCAAGACGGCCGACUACAAGAUUGGCGCGCUGGUGGAGAGCGAUUUCUACAAUGACAAGGGCGGUGGCGACUCGUACCGUGCCAUCAUCUGGCGCAAGUUCAAUCUCUCGUGGAUUAUCAACGGGCCGCGCAACUAGACGGGUCGAGAAGUAUCUGGGCGUCAUUAUAAUUAGCACCAUAGUAUCUCAUUCUUCUGUACAUAUCAGGACUUAUACAUAGGUUGGCUACGAGAGGGAAUGCUAAUUACGGGCUUGAGAUAGCCUGGUAUUCCCAGCACUUGAACAUCACACUCGGAGAUGCCACUCGUUUAUGUGCUCCCAGCCAGUACUAUACUAUACUAUAUCGGC